AGUUCAUUUCUUUACACUGCUUAUCAUCAUAUAAGAUAAGAUAAUUUUUGUUCUUCCGUGUGGACGGACCCAAUCAGUCGCUUUCGAUUCUGAGCUGAAUUCGCAGUUAAAAAAAAAAAAAUAGACGCUGAAAAUAUGAACCUCCUGAUCGGAAUUCCGUCAGCAGUUAUCGUCGGGGCACUGAUUUUCAAAUUUUGGUACAAAUGGACCAGCGGCAGGUGCGUCAGCAAAAGAAGAUUGGAUGGAAAAGUGGCGAUCGUAACUGGAUCCAAUACAGGCAUUGGAAAGGAAGCUGCCCGUGAUUUGGCGCGUCGAGGUGCGAAAGUUAUCCUGGCCUGUCGCGAUUUGCAAAGAGCAAAUGCUGCAAGAGACGACAUAAUCAAAACGACUGGCAACAAAAAAGUUGAGGUCAUCCUUCUUGACCUCGGCUCGCUCGACUCGGUGCGAAAUUUCGUCAAGAAAUUUCUGGGCAGCGAAAAACGCCUGGACAUUUUGGUGAACAACGCGGCCGCCGUCGGCCUGGAGAACAAAAUCUCCAAGGACGGAAUGCAGCAGGAGUUGCAGGUCAACCACUUUGGGCCUUUUCUGCUCACACUUCUUUUGCUUGACGCAAUGGAGAAAAGUGCCCCUAGUAGGGUCGUCGUCGUCUCUUCGCUGGCUCAUUUGAAUGGAUACGUGGAUUUGGACGACGUCAACUGCGAGAAAAAGUUCCCCGGGGGCAUGGCCCUGUACAGAAUCGCAAAACUGUACAACGUCAUCUUCUCGAACGAAUUAUCCAGAAGACUGCAAGGCACAGGCAUUAUUUGCAACAGCGUGCAUCCUGGAGUUGUCAACACAGAAGUGGGAAGGAGACUACCAGCAGUUUUGUACUUCAUCAUGAAAUUGUUAUUUGGAUUUUUGAUCAAGACCCCAGAGGAAGGCGCGCAAACACUGAUUCAUCUUUCCGUCUCAGAACAAGUUGAAGGCGUCACAGGCAAAUAUUUCGUCGAUUGCCAGGAGGGAAAAAUGAACAAAGUCGCGUUGGACAAGGACUUAGCUAGGAAGUUCUGGGACAAAUGCGUCGAGUUGGUCAAAGUUUCGCAAGAGGAAGUCAAGUGUAUAAAAAUUUGAUUGUAUUUUUAAUUUAAAAGAAAAUUAAUUAAACAGUAAAAAAGAUCC